CCUCGUUGUCUAUAGCACAGAUUCAAGGGUAGGGUGCAGGAUAAAAUAAUCCCGUUUCCUCCAUGGAUUUUUAAUAUUGAACUGUUAUCAUAGGGAAACAAUGUCCGCGGUCUGUCGUCCGAGGCUCGUUGUUCGUUGAUGACAUAAGGUUCCUUAGAUCCUAUCAUGUUGCAUAGAUAAUUAUUACACAUACCUAACAUUCAUAUUAGUUUUUUUUUCAUUAAGUGUCAUUUUUUACGAUUGCAUGUAAUAUAUUUGUAUUAAAGAUAAAUACGUUCACAACAGCUGCUGCGCACAGUAAUGGUGCCCAAAAUGUUAAUAUUGUCAUCGUUUUCAUAAUUGCAUUUUCCUAAUCUAUGCGACUUUGAUAGUAUACCUAGUGCUCUGCUCGGUUUAAACAGUGGUGCCCUGUUGAAUCAAAUUGUUACAAAGUAAAGCAUUGUCGGCGACCACGGCGUACACUUCUUUCUUGGCAUUAUAUUCUUUAUUGUUUAGUAUUUCUGAUAAUUACUCCAUACAAUUGAAAAGUUUGUUUUUACUAAUAUAUUAUUAUACUGUAAAUCAGUCACGUACUUUAAUAAAAAAAAGUACAAUGGACACCAAGAAGAAGAAUAAUGAAAUUAGGUUGAAUAGGAAGUAUCAGCAGAUUCUUAGGAAUAAGGUUAUAAAAACAUUCGCUCCAUUUUACUGGUAAGUUGUAAUUAUAAAUUGUACAACAUAAAUUUAAACCUACACAGUUUGAUAUCCAUUAAUUAAACCUGUUAACAAAUUAAAUUCAAAAUUUAGGGUGUAAAGUUUAAGUAACCACAAUAUUUCCAGUUAAUAAAUUGUUUUUUUUUUCAAUUAAAGUUAACCAUUUUUUAAAAAAUUGAUUUUUCUUCUUCCUACCUUCAUUUUUACUAUUUGGGAUCAGCCACCCUCGUUCUAAACUUCUAUUUAAUCCGAUCUAGCACCUUGCAUACACCAGUCGUCUUUAUAUAUUUCUUAAUCACUUCCAAACAUCUCUCUUUUGGACUCCUCGGCCAUAUUUAUUUUUAUUAAAAUUCUUACUGUUUGUUUCUGGUUCCACUUUCUUCAUGACACGCCCAAACCUUCUCUGACUAUUUUCUCUUAUUUUGUCUACAAUAGAAGCCACAUCUUAACUACUUCUUAUGCACCUCUUUUUCCUUAUCCUAUAUUUUCAUCAUUCCACUCAUCUGCCAAAGCAUUCUUAUCUCUACUACACUCAUUCUUUUUUCUAUUUUUCUUUCUACUGCCCAACAUUCUGAACCAUAAAACAUAGUUGAUCUUACCACACUUUAGUAAAACUUACCUUCAAGUCUCAUAGUCCUUAGUUGCAUAAAAUACCUAACGCUUCCCCAAACUUUAUCCAACUACAUUUAAUUCUAUGUUUCACCUCUUCGUCAAUACCAACAUUUUUUUUUAUACAAAAGGUCCUAGUAGGGUUACCACUGUGGUAAUAAAUUUACCGCAACCGCAAUCUAUACUAUCAACCCUUUGGGGUUUUUUUUUUCGACGCCUGUAAACGACUUAAAUCUUAUUGUUGAAAAAUAACCCUCGAAUGUAGUAGAUUUAAUGUUCUGUAUCGGUUAUUGGUUAGAUCAUACAAUUUAUGUACAGAUAUAUGUAUAUUGGUGUUUUAAAGGCUUAACACAUCUUGUGUAAAAGAUACUCUAGUUUAUCCAGAAAUCAUAUACAUAACUAUACCUACAACUUAAGAGCACACUAUCAACGUCCGACCCACAUUUAUCGUCUGAGACGUAUAUAACAUACAACACAAUCAAUGUUUGUGUAGAUAGCAUACAACGAGAGUUCCAUUUUUCUUAUACAAAUUGAUAGGUACUUUAUUAACAUUUUUGUUUGGAAAUGUUAGGAAAUCGGUUCAAAACCAGUUUUUUUAUUGGACCUGUAUACCUAAUUCACUUAUAUAUUUCAAAAACUUGUAUCAUUGAGUAGUAAACACAUUUUAAUGUUUGUUGUUAUUUUUCUUUUUUUUCUUUGUGGGUAUUAUUUUUAUAUGUACAUAUAGCUUAAAAAUAAAAUAAAUCAACAUUAAUCAUUUUAAAAUGAUAUAUGACUUGUAUUAUUUUUGUAUACAAUUUUAGCAGCAACAUGAAUAUUGACAUUUUUGACAACAACUCUGAAUUACCAUGUGAUAUUCAUAAUGAUGUAUCUAUUAAUUCUAAGAACUAUGAGAUAUUAAUGUACAUCAAGAAUAUUGUAACAUGGGUAGAUAACAAGUAAGUUACUUUUUGUUGUUAAUUUAUUAAUUUUAUUAUUUUUAUUAUUAAUUUAAAAAAUCUAUUUACAAUCUGAAAACAAAAAAAAAAAUUGUACCUAUAUAAUCUAAAAGUGAUAAUCUAUACAUUAUUUUAAAAAGUAUUUAAUAUUUGGUAGGUACUUGUGUGUUAUAUAUUUUAUUAUGUCUUAAAUGUAGGUAUUGAUAACUUCUAUUUUAAAUAGUUUAAAAGUUUGGGUUUAAAUAGUUGAUUACUUGGUUCUACAUAAGUAAUAGGAUCAAAAAGUUCCUGGAAUUCAUAGGUAUAUAGAAAAAAACCUAUUUUUCUUAUUACAUUAUAUUUGGUAUUGGAAAAAAGUAUACACAAUUUUAUCUGCAGAUUUAUUCUUUAAAACUAUUAAUUUCAUGUUAAACAUUUUAAAACUUAAUAUAUUUUUUUAAACUUGGAAAAAUUGCUGCAGAAAUCAUAGAAUGUUUGAAUAUUAUUAAUGGAAGUGAAAAAUUAAAGAAAACAGCUAUUUUCGACUGGUUUGAAUGUUUCAAAAGUCUGGAAAAUGGUUGCUCUAUAAUAAUGCUCUGUGUCACACAUCUUACAGUUCAAUACUUUUUACUGGACAAAACCCCCCCCAAUUACUCAACCACUAUUUUUACCAUAUCUUGCACCAUGCAACUUCUGGCUAUUUCUAAACCUAAAACUUUGAUUCAAAAGUGAACAUUUUGCAAUUGAAGAUAUAACAGUUAAUGCAAUAGUAAUUCUCAAUGAAAUUCAAUAGAGGAUAUCAAACAUAUUUUCAAUAGUUGUAAAUUCUUUAGAGUUAAGAGUGUCUGUACUAAAAAGUUAUAGAUUUACUAAGGAGAUUAAGUUAAUUUAAGUUUUUGUUGCACAUAGGUAUAUAAAAUAAAUUAAAAAUCGGGUAACUUUUUAUCCUAUGACAUAUUUAGGUAAUAAAAGUAUAACAUUUUAAAAAUUAAAUAUAUUUUCUGUAAAACUGAAAAAAAAAUAUUUUAAAAAUAAGCUGCAGUAAUAUUCUCAAUAAUUUUCCAUUCGUAAUCUAUAGUUGAUAAAAAAAAAAAAAAAAAAAAAAGAGAGAUUUAACAUAUAUUUUGAUUUUGAACAAGUUAAUGUUGUUAAUGUUUGUUGAUUUGUUUUUAAAUUUUAAUUUAUCAUUGCGUUUUUAGAGUGCUCAUAUGUGUAAUCUCUACUUUUUUUCAUGGGCUAAUGAUGUGUUUUAGAUUAUUUUGUAUAUCAGUCUUGCUAUAUUAAUUUUAAACUAAUCAACUUAAUUUGUAUUAUUUUAAUGUAGAUUUGGGUUAGAUAAUAAAAAUGUUAUUCAAAAAAGAAAUAAAAAAAAAUCAACCUACAAAACAAGUUAUAUUCACAAUCGAGAUACAACAACAAGAUUGUAUCUACACUGCCAAUCUAAUUGUAAUAAACAAAAUUAUGUGGAAAACUUAGAUGAGGAUAAAAUGAAUUCAACUUUAAUGGAAAUUGUAAAAUAUUAUUUUAUUGUGUAUUCUUUCCACAUAACACAAUAUUUUUUUUUAUUAACAGGACAUGCUAUCUUCUUCAUCAGCUACAUCAAAUGGAGCAAAUUGUGAACAACUUUCUUCAAAUUCAAUGUUUGAAGAAGAACAAGUAAUUGAAAUUGAUUAUGAUAAUGAGGAUGUAAAUGUAAAUGAUUAGUAAUGGAAUUUAUAAUAACAACAGUUAUGAAUCACUUUUUACCAAAUUAUUUUAAAUAUUUCUUAGGUAAAAACUAACUAUGAAUCUGAAAAAAAAGUAGCACCAUUAAAUGUAACUUCUCUCGAACAUGCUAUAGAUACAAGUAAAACUAAUGUUUCUGAAGAAGAUAUAAAUGAGGUAUUGAAUUGCUUUUAUAGUAAAACAUUGAAGUUAAUUCAUUUAAACUCCUCAGUUAUUUUCUAUUCUUGUAUAUUUAAACAAUUUUUUUUUGGUUUAUUUAUUUGUUCACUCUUUAUAAUGAUUAUUUUAUUUAAAGAUUAUUACGUUUUGGUGAAGGUCUAGUAACAUUUCCAUAAAUUAUUUUGAUCGUACUAAUUUAAUAUAUCAACUAUUUUAUUCUAGGAUUAUUUAAAAUUAAUUUGAUCUAAAUUGUCUUUAUGGGAAAUUUAAGAUAAUGUGAUUCUCAAAUUUUAUAUUACCCUUAUUUUUCACCCAUUUAUAUUUGUUGUUGAAGUCUCUAUCUAUUUUUGAUUUUCAAAUGGCAAUCUAUAUUCAAUAUUACAUACAUUUACUGUUAACUUAUAAUUGUAUAGGCAAAUGAAAUCACCAAAGAAGAUUUAUGUUCAGCCAUUUUUAGAAAAUAUGCUGUUGUAGAAAAAAAGACAUCGCAAAGACGAUCGCCUGUAAAUACUAAUGAUGAGGUAAGUUCAUAAAAAAUUGCAUUUAUUUAAAUAUUUAAUGUACAAAUAAUAUAUUAAUAGGACAUUUCAAAUACCGAACAAGAAAUUAAUGGUGAUGAUAUGAGUGAAAAGUUAUUUAAUUUGGGUUUGGGAACUUCAGCAAUUGGAUAUGAUUCUAGUUCUGUUAAUGAGAUAUCUAAUAAAAUUAAAUUGAGUAAAACAUCGUUAGCUAGUGGUUCAAUUACCAGAAAAAGAUUUAAUACUAGAAGUUACUUUGAAAAUGAAUCAAAAAGAAAAAAAUUGAAUGAGUCGUUUUUCAGUGAUAAUGAAGAAAGCAAUAGUAAUAAUGAUAGUAAUAAAGUAUGUUAUGUUCAUUUUGAUCAUUCAUUUACAAACACCAACCAGAGGCGGUUUGAAAUAGUGGCACAAGAAACAAACUACUUACUGGUAUAUCGUUAGUUAGGUAUAAAUUAGGUGUAAAUUAAAUAAUCUUUUGUAUUCCAUCUUCCCAACUACUCACCUACAAUAGUGGCUAUACCUGUCCCCAGUAUUAGUUCUUUUUGUUACAUAUUGGUGGUGAGUUGUUCUAAAAUUUGUAUACUUAUAUUAUACUAAAAGUUGUAAACCGCCUCUGGUACUAACUAACAUUUUAAAAUAAGUUUCUGUACUUUAUAAUGGUUGCAAUUUUUUUGUUGAUAUAUAUUUAUUAUAUUAUAAAGUGUGUAGAAAAUUUCCAUUAACAUCAAAAGUUUUUAAAAUUAUUUUAAUGAAUAUUAAAAAAAGAGCUAUAAUUAUUAUAUCAACAUUUUUUUUUUAAUGUAGUUUCUUCUGAACAUUUAAUUUUAUUAAUCAAUUCAAAUGUAGUAAUCUCUACUUAUCUGAGGAAGUUACAUUCCAGGAAUGUUGUGGGAUAUCGAAACAAAUAUGAACGGAUAUUGUGUAGAUUAUAUAAUAACAAUAGAAUGCAUGGGUUAUUAAUUUAUGGGUACAUUUUACAUAAUAAAGGAUUACUGUACACAAUUAAAUGUCUUAAUCGACUAUAUUACUGUAUUUUUUACUAUUGAGUAGCUAGUAUUAUUUUUGACUAGUACCAAGUGUGGAACAUGAAAUUUUAAUAACAUUAUGAAUCAUAUAACUCAAUUAAUAUAUUGUUUCAAUUUGUUUCAAUUUUUGUCAUUUAAAAUAAAUAAUUUUUUAGGUUGAUGAAAUUACAAAAGGUGAUUUAUGUUCAACAAUCUUUAGAAGAAGCGCUGUUUUGGAAUCUGAAGUAAAUAAAAAUAAAGUAAGUUAAUAAAAAAAUUAAUUUGUUUAAAUACUUAACAUAUACAUUGUAUAUUUGUAGAAGUCUAUGGUCUCUGCUCAAGAAAGUAAUGAUGAUGUAAAUAGUGAAAGUGUAUCUAAUUUUGGUUUGGGAACUUCAAAAACUGUAUAUUCUAGUUCUGUCAGUGAACAAUCCAGAAAAAAAGUUAAUUUGGGUUCUAAAAAUACAAAAGUAUUGAAAAAUGCAUUGCCUAGAAAAUUAAAUAAAACUUCAACAAUCACAUCACUUCAACAUCGCAAUGAACCAAAUUCUAGUAACAAUGAUGAGGUAUCGUUAUAUUAGUUUGUAUUAAUAUUUGUGAGCUAUAAAUACUAAAUACUACUUAAAUUUCAAAACUAAUAAAUAAAACUUUUCCCAUUGUUAUUUGUUAGUAAUGCUUUGUUGUAAAUUGAUUACUUAAGUUUAUAUCUUUUCAACAUUUAUUUUUACAUAUAUGUAUUCAAUACCUAUAGGCCAUAUCAUACCUUCUAAAAAAAAUUAUUUUAAAAUAAAUAUAUUUUCUAUAAAAAUAUGUAUUUCAUAAAAUUAUUUCCAAAAAUAAAAAUGAAUACAAAAUAUAGUAUCCUUUAUUGCUAUUUUUGUGAUUAUCUUAUUUAUUACCUAGGUAGCUUUCUAGAUUUUUCCAUCUAAAAGUUUGAUUUAUUAUUAUAUUUUCAUAUUUUACCAAUUUAUACAUUACAUGUAAUAACUUUCAUAUCUUAUUUUCAAUUAUAAAUGCACAUAUACAUUUUUGUAUAAUUUUAUAAUAAGUAUAUUUAUAAUGACUGAAUAUUGGUUUAUAUUCUAUGCUAAAUUGCUAAUAAAAUAUUUAAAUAUACAUUAAAUGAAUAUUAGAUACCAAAUAAAUCUUGUUUAGAAAGUACAAAUGUCUAUCUUAUUAAAAUUCGAGAAGUACUCCAACAAUGGAAAUCAUUGUAAAAUACAUAUUAAAAUAUAUUAUAUUAUCAUUAAUGGUGUAUUAAUUUAUUAAAAUAUAAUUGUAGUAUUUAUUUUUAUAUAUAUUUAUACAAACAAGAUGGAUCUUUGUAUGUUCUUAUCUUAUAUGUAACUUUUACAAAAACAUGUUAUAACACAUUAUUAAUAAUUUUUAGUUGAAUGUGGCAAGUUCUUCAACAACAAAAGUUAGUAAAAAGUUAAAUGUGCAGACUAAUAAAGAAAAAACUCAAAGUCAUUCAGCUUCUCCCAAGGUAAAAAUAAAAUCAUUAUGUAUAUAUAAUAUAUAUUAUACAAGAACGUUGGUUUUUUUUUUAUCAAGUAAACUUGAUAAGUACUUAUCCAAUUGCAUGUGGUUUUUUUUAAAUAAAAAUUUCAAUUUCAAUAAAUUAAAAUGGCAGUAUUUGUAUAUUAUAUAAUAUAUGUAUGUAUAUGUUACAAAAAAUUAUAUAUUAAUAAUACACACAGAGAAAAUAAUACAAAAAAUAAAGAAAAACAAUAUAGAUAUGUAGUCUAAAAAUAAAAGAUUUAAUAUAAUAUGAUUAAUUUAAUUAAACUAGGAAUAUAAUAUGAUAACAUGUGUUGGGUUUAUGUACUAAUAUUGAUUUUAGAAUAUAUUUUAUAAUAUAAAAUCAAUAGAACUAAUAAUUUAUAUUGUAGAUUAAAGUUUACUUUUUAUCCUGAAAUUCAAUUCUUGAAUAGAGAUUUAUACUUGAUGUUUGACCUUAUAAUGCAAAUAUGUAGUUUUUCUUGAUCUAUGGAUGCUCUUGGUUCUUGACAUGAUGCAAUCAUUUUCAUUGGAAAAACGUGCAAAAAUUAGAUGGUUAGGUUGAGAAUCAAUGAUCAGGGUCCACUAGACUUGAAUACUCUAAUGUCAUAUGUUUGGGCUGUUGGGAGUGACUGUAGUUGAAUCUUAAGGCAAAAGUCUUUAGUAGAAUUUUAGAAAGAGCCAAAUAUCAUAUUUUUUUAAUUAUUUACCAGCCAUAUGCAUGAAUCAAUUUGAAUUUUUGCAAUAUUAACCAAAAAAAAAAAAUUGUUUGUCAGAUGUAUUUUAUUUUAAUUAUUCUCUAAAAGUGUAGGAUAUGGGAAUUUAGAAUGUACAAUUCUGUUUAAGUAGGGACUGUAUAAAAUUUGUUAAAGAACCACAUAGUGAGAAACUCUACCUUGAAGGGACUACAGUUCUUGGGUGAUCUGUAAUAUAAAAAUAUCUUAAUAAAUUAAAUAUCAAAAAUAUAUUAGAAAACAAAUGGAUGACAUACUUUGGACGGUGGGUGAGCCGAAGUUGAGAAGGUAGAGGGAAAAUUUAUUGUAUAUUUGUCUGCAAAGAUUGAUAAUUGCUAACGAAAACAAUUCUGAGCGGAGUUGAGUUAUACAUGUUCUGUAAUAUUCACGAUUUGAAAAUAAUACAUUUUGUAAAUUUUCCCAUAUUUUAUGAAAACGCUUAGGAAAAUCAAAAAAUUACCUCCCUCAAGUACUAUCCCAUUUAGAUUUCCUUUCAAAAAGAUCUGAGCAAAAUUUCUGGUAGAAAAAUUAUUGUUAAAAAUUAAAAAAAAAAUAUUGUAAAACUAAAACAGUCCUCGCUCUGCUCAGAAUCUAAAAAAAAAAACCAAUAUUGCUAAUAAUGUUAUAGGUGGGAAGUUAGGAAGGUAGAGUCAUAGUGGUAUUUAAUUUAUAUUUGCAAUGAUAAUCAUUGUAAACGAAAUACAAUUUUGAGUUUAUAAUGAUUUUUUAAUAAUUAGAAAUAUGAGAUUUUAAAUAAAUUUCUGUUGAAAGUAUUAUAAAUCUAAUACAUAUUUAUUCCAAGAAACAAUAAAGAAGGUCCAAUUAAUGUUUGUUCAAAGUAUUAAAAUUUCAAUAAUUGUCUGUUCUAUCUAAUAUAUUAUUUCUGUUAAAUAUAAUUCAAAUAAUAAUUUGUCCAAAUAUUGGAUGUUUAUUUGUUUCUUUAAAACACCUGUUACAUGUAAAAUAAUUCCGUUAGUACUGUAUAACACAAAGUAAUGAUAAUAUGUAUUAUGUAUCUAAUAUCUAUAUAUUUAUAUUUUUAGAAAAAUUCAGCCAAGAAGAAAAAUCCUAAAAAUAUGUAUUUGCGGAAUGAAAAAGGGGAAACACGAUUACAUAUAGCUUGUGCCAAGGUAAAAGUUAAAUAAUUCAUAUAUAAGAGUUUAUGAAGUAGGUUUUAUAUUAUGAAACAUUUAUUAAUACAACAUGAAUGCACAUAUCUAAUUUCUGAGAGGGAACAACUAUUAUCUUUAAAAAAAAUAUAUAAAGCAGAUUGCCCGUCUAAUAGGUUGCCUAUAAUUACACAGUAUACUUAUCAGACAAUUCUGUUAUUUGUUAUUAAAUCAUAAACGUUUAUAUAAUAUGUAAUAGGACACUAGUCCAUAUAUAUUUGUGAAAAUAAAAAUGGAAAAGUCCAGUUGCUAAUUACAAUAGUUAUAUGGUACUGAUUCUGUAGGGUGAAGAAAUUUACUUUAUAGUUAACAAUAUUAUACUCCCUGUGGGAGGGGAUCAGAAUACUUGUUGUAAGAGCCAACAGCUGGUGUAAAAUUCUAUAAAACAGUAUGAGGAAUUCUAAACAAGAUUUUUUUGGAUUGUCACAUCAUGGAUAUGUACAACUGGCAUGAGGAGAUACCACGGUGUAUGUUUUUAGACGAUAUAGCUUUGAUAGGUUAAAAUCUAGAAAAAGUUAACAAUAAGAUUUAGGAAUGAAGAGUAUCAGGGACUAAAGAUAAGUAGGAGUAAAACAGUAUUUAAAGUAUGAGUUUGGAGAUACAUGAAUAGACAGUUAACAACAAAGAGCAGUGAUGCCUAGGUAAGGUUGAAAAUUUUAAAAAGACGCCACAACGAAAUUUACUGUCUCCGUCUUGGAAACGUGAGACAGUAAAUUUGCAUUCAGUACAAAAUUAGUUAAUAUCCUUUAUUUUAGUAUUUAAGCAGAUUGACUUAUAAUCAAAAUUAAAUAUAUACCCACCGUAUGUGUUUUUGAUAUUUUUAUCUUUAAGCGAGAUAUGAGUAAAUUUAAAAAUUAAAAUAUUGAAAAAAAAUCAACACAAUGGUACAUGUAAUCUUUUUACCUUUAAGUUUGGUAAUAAGUCAAUUUUCUUUAAUAUUUAAACUAACGAUAUACAAUUUGUCCUACUAAACAAAUUUUCUAUAUUGUGCAUUUGUAAGGUGAACACAGUAAGUAAAUACGAAUGUAACAUCCUCUUAAGUACCUAGGAUCUUUUUGUACUAAAGAAUGGUGAUUUUUAUGUUGAUGUGAAACAUAGAAUUAAAGUAGAGAGAAGCAUCUGAUGUUUUAUAGGAAAAAGUAAUUCCAAUGAGACUUAACUAGAGUUCUACUAAGUGUGGUGAGAUCGAAUUUAUUGUAUAGUUUGGAAUGUUGGAUGGUAGAUAGAAGUAUAUAAUAGAGAAUGAGUGAAGUAGAGAUAAAAUACAUAGGUGGAUGAUUGGAAUGAUGAGAGAAGAUAGGAUUAUGAAUAAGUACUCACAUAAGGAAUCUAAGAAAAAAAAUGCGCUGAAAAUUAAGAUGCAGAAAAAAACACAGAUAAAACAUAACAAGGUAAAAACGUUAAAUGCAUUUAACUAGUUAGGUAAGGUUAAGUUUAAGUCAAUAAUAAAAAAAUAUAAUAAUAAAUCAUAAAUAUGGUUUACUAUAUGCUAAAAAUGUGGUAUAUCUCUUUUCCCACUUAAAUAUUCUUCACAUAAUUUUUUGUUUAUUUUGUAAUUCCUACAUAGAUUUUUGUUUAUUUUUUUUUCGUAAUUUGUCACCUCUGAUCAAAUUUUUCUUAUUAAUAAUCAUAUAGAUUGAUGGUAUUGGUUCAUUAAUUUUGAUAAUUGAUGAUUCCAUCCCUCCAUUUGGUUAUUAGUCCGAUCACUAUCAUUUAAUGUUAUAUUAUGAACAUUCCAAAUGUGAAGUAGAAAUAAUGAGAUCAAGAUGUAACUGAUGCUUAACAUUAAGCAAAAUAUAAUAAUAGUAGUAUAGUCUAUAACCAUAAUUUUAUCCAAAGUUAUAAAUUAUGUAAAUUAAACCUUUAUUAUACAUUUAUACCCAAUAGGUAAUAGGUUUUUAUGGAGGUACCAGGUACCUAUAGUAUAGUUUCCUAUUAUCAUUUGUAGUCACGUCUUUUGUCAAAACUAUUAUUCUAGGCAUAAAAGACUACAGGCGAUACUGAAAAUUCAUAUUGGUGAAAUUUGGUAUAUUGUAGCCCACAGGUAUCCAUUGUAUUAACAAAUUCAACUUACAUCUUAUUACUUUAUUUUAAUAUAAAAUCACUGGUACUAAAUCAAAACUCAAAGUGCAAAAAUGGAUAAACUUUACAUUUAUAAAGUUUAUUUCAUAAACAAGUGUGUAAAAGAUCAUGCAAAAGCAUAGUUCUGUACAUACGAAAGGAAAUUCCGUUGAGUUAAUGCAUUGUGAGUUUUUUUUUAAUUUUAAAUGAAUUUUUCAUAAUAAUUAGGAAAAACUGGAAACAAUAUUAUUGGAAUAAUUGCAUAUAUUUAUUAUUUUAUUGUAUUUCAAUGAAAAAUAUUCUUCUAUUUUCUUUUUUUUAGACGUGGCGAAAUUUUUAAACUACCUAUUUGUAAACAUUUCAAUUUUACAAGUUCUAACAUAAUUUUUAUUUGUGUAGGUAGGUGAUAGAUUGUUAAACAAAACCAAAAUGCUUGAAAAUUUUAACAAAAGGCUGCUUACAAGUUGUACUUAUUAGUAAAGAAAACAAAAAAAAUUAUUAUUAUGUUUUUUUAUAUAAGAGUUUUAAUAUCAAAUUUUGACAAAAAUUGUGUAUUUCAAAUUACUUUACUCCACCCAAAUAAAUAAUUAUUAAUUCAUAUUAAAAAUAAAUAAAAUAUUGACGAAUAAUUAACGCAUCAGUAAAAUGUGUUUGAUUAAAUAAAAAGCAUGUAUUGGAAAUAGAAAAUUAAGCUAAAUAAUAUUUAAAUAUGUAAUAAUAAUUCUAAUGAUCUAUUAUGUUUCAGGGAAAUUAUAAUUUGGUUAGUUCUUUGCUUUCACAAGGUUUUAAUCCUAAUGUUAAAGAUAAUGCUGGCUGGACUCCAAUGGUAAUAUUAUCAAUUUUAUUAUAUUUAUUCUACAAAAAUACUAUUUUUACAAUUUUAUUUUAUAGCAUGACGCAGUAAAAAUGGGCUGUUUGAAUGUUAUUAAAGAAUUAAUUAAGUAUGGUGCUUAUUUAAAUGCUCCUGGAUUUGAGUAUGAAACUCCUUUAUAUACUGCAAUAAAGCAUAGUAAGAAUGAUGUAGCAGCAUUGCUUUUACAAAAUGGUGCUGAUACAAAAUGUAUAAACAUUUAUGGAAAAAGUGCACGGUAAGAAUAAUGAAACAAUAAUUUAAUUUCUUAUGAAUUAUAAUAAAACUAAAAAUUAAGAUGAAUUUUCAAUUAUUUUUUUUCCACAUAGAAUAUUAUAUAUAACUUUUUAAUCAAAAUUAUUAUAUUAUAUUACAAAUUUAAAAGAAAAUUAAUUAUUUAACAUUAUUAUUAGCAAUAUUAAUGAUAGAUUCUAAAAUAAAUGCAUUCAUUUAUGAUUAAUAUUAUGUACUCAUUUAUUUAGUUUAGCAAUUACUGGGAUCUUUGCGCGCAAUAUUAAAUAAUUUAUUUUCAAACAGUGUCCCUAAAAUUUUAAAAGAUAACAAAAAUUGUGCAUUUGUGUGUAUAAUAACAUAUUAAAACAUUUAUAAUUACAGAUCAAUCAAUGAAGAUAAUUGGUCAAAAUUGUUAAAGAACUAUAAAAUUCCUAGUAAACCAUUACAACAAAAUCGAACUUAUGCACUGGAUAAAAUAACAGUGUUUUUAAGUGAUAGUUCAUUAAAUAAAGUGACUGUGGAUACAUUUUGUAAUCUUUUUGAUAUUAAAGUGAUUAAAGAUGUGUAAGUCAAUUGAUUAAUUUUGUUAUUACAUUCAUUAUAUUCUUAUUUAUUAUCAUAAUUUUAAUAUAAUUUAAAGGGACAAAAUUGGACUUUUACAAGUGACCCAUAUUGUAGUACCAGAAACAAAAAACAAUACUUGUGAAUUGAACUUGGAAUGUUUAACUGGAAUAGCGAAUGGAUUAUUUAUAGUCAAUGAAAAUUGUAAGUAUAUAAAGUAUUUAUAUAUUUCUAAAAGCUUUCAUGCAAAUUUGAAUUAAUUUUUCAUCUAUUAGUUUUCAAGUUAAUAUUAUUAUAUUUUAAUUAAAAAAUAAAAGGAUAUCUGUUUGAUAAAUGAUAGACUUUGAUCUUAGAUGUCUAUACAAUUUGAAUUUGUUUAGCACUUAUAUGCUUAAAGUGUGCUAUUUUACAUUUGAAAGUAAUAGUAGGAAAUGUAUCUAAAUUAUGUUGUAAAAAAUUAAUCAUAUUCUAAAUAUAUAAACUAAAUGUUGAAAUGUACAAACUAAAUUUCAGAAAUACAGUAUCAAGGUAUUAUCAGAUUACCCUUUUGUCCACCUAAUAUAUUUUUGGUACACCUGUUAAAAAUGUCAAUUUUAAAUUCCUCAAAACAUUAAAAAGAAUUGUGAUAUUGUUAACCUUUUGAUGUCAUUUAGACAAUUUCAACAAUUCUUAUUUUCAUUGUAUUUAAUAAUUUCAAUUUACAAAAUACUGAUAAUAUUAGAAUGCAUGUACCAUGUGACAUCUUCUGCCAUAAUUCACUGCAAAUUUGUAUGUAUACUGAUAACGUAGUGUUGCAUAUUAUAAUUUAAAAUAAUACGUUUUUAGUUGUCAUUUAAUGUGUCAUAAUAUUGCACCAUGUAACUUCUUGUUUAGUAGAACUUAUCAAACAAAAAUCAUAACAUAUACCUAGUGUGUCAAGGCCUUCAUUAUGGAUUCCUUACUUAUAUAAAAUAUAUAAAAUAAUGAUAAUGACAUAGAUUUAUGUGUAUAAUAUAUUAUUAUAUUAUUUUUCAGGGAUUAUUGAUUCACUAAAAGCAAAAAAAAUAGUUGAUUCUGAAAAUUAUGAAGUUGUUGGAACAAGCUCUUCUCUUACUAACGGUCCAAAGAAGUCAAGAUUAAACAAGGAAAAACUAGUAAAUUAUUGAAUUUAAUUAUUUUAUUAAUUUAAUAAUAAGUUUAUUACUUCUAUUUAAACUUAAGGUUUAGUAUUAAAAAAAUCAGACUUUUCAUGCUUAAACAAAUUCUAAAAACAACUAUUUAAAAAAUAUUUAUAUAAAAGCAAAUCUAUAGCUCUUUUUUAUUUUCUCUGUGAUUAAAUUUCAAUAAAAUCAUUCAAAUAAAAAAUUAAACUUAGUUUUUAAUUAUUAUUAAGAUAAAUAAUAAUUAAUUAUAUAUUUUUGUUUUCCACAAAAUAUAUUUUAAUAAAUUCUAUUGUCCUAAUUAAUAUUGUAAUUAAGUUAGUUGUGUAUUGGUUAACAAAAAUAAACAUUUUAUAUGACAAUGUAUUUAUAAAUGUAUCAAUGUUUUGUGUAUGUUUAAUUAAAUCUAGGUCUACAGUUAAAAAUUUGUUUACUACUUGAUUGUAAUUGUAUGUUUUUAUUUUACAGUGCCCAAAAUUAUUUGAUGGCAUUAAUAUACAUAUAAGUGGAAAUACUGGUUGGAAACAAUUUUCUUUGAGUGAAUUAAAUAAAUUGGUUCUUCAAUUUGGAGGAAAUGUAUUGAAACGUAUGCCAAAUCCAGAAGACUGUGCCUCUAAUAUAAUACCAUAUCAUUGCCAUAAUAGUGAAAAGAUGUACUAUGUAUCUAAUAUUAUACUUUAUACUAAAGAAUCAAAUAGACUGAUCAAGUAUAAUAUGAAACAUUUGAAAGCUUACCCAGUGUCAUGGUUUAUAGAAGCUGGACAAAAACAUUCAAUUAUAUAAUUUUUUUUUUGUGUGCAUACAUAUGUAUUUAUUAGAAAUUUAAUUAUUCAUUUAAUUUAUUAUCACAUUAAGUGUAUAAUUUUAUAUAUUGUAGAUUAAAGUGGUCAUAUAAAGUGUAAUAUGAAACAUACAUUCAAAAGUUUUUCAUAUUUUAAGAAAGUACCACAAAAACAUUUUUUAUUACAUUAUUACAUUAUAUAUAUUUAGUUUUAGAUUUAAAUCAAUAAUUAUUUAGUAACCAUAAUUAAAUUAAUAUUUUAACCUAAUAAACUAAGCGACACGGAUUGAAUGUUGAACGGUAAAAUAUUUUUGUCGCCUAGCAGGUAAUAAUUUUUUAAAGUGGGUUAUUGAUAUUUUUUUUUUAUUAUUAUUAUCAUGCUUAACAUAUUAUAAGAUAAAUAGUAAUAAAUAGUUUUUCAAAAUAAUCACAGAAAUUAUUUGAUCUCUCAUUUCUUCUUUAAAUUUAUUUUUAUUAAGAAGUUUAAUAUUGUAUUCAUUUUAUAAUUUAAAUUUUUUAAUUGAAAAUAUUAACACUUUAGAAUUCAUAAUAAUUUAAAGUAAUUCUAUUUUAAUGCAUUAAUAGUAUAAGAAUAUCUAAAUGUCUUUAAUAAUACAUUUUUAAUCUAGCUUCAAUUUAAUUAUGCGAAAAAUCGCCUAACACUUAUGUAUGCCAUGUUCAUAAAAUACUAUAGUAAUUAAAUAAUUUAAGUUAACAUCGAUAAACAUUAGCUAUAUUAUAAUAAAUACUUGACUUAUUAAACAAUAUAAUUUUUUAAAUUUGUAUAGUUCUAUUAUUAGCUACAUUCUUGGUAUCACCUAUCUUUUGUUUCCA